GGAUUUUUGAAAAUAACGACAAGUCCCGGAGCAGAAGACUAAGAGCUUCAUAUUCACCAACCGGAGACUUUAACAGCUUGUGAGACUCCAGAAAAUCAUGACGUCCAUCACUGAUCCAAAAAUGAGUGACAUGUUUGCCAAUGCAAUGAGGGAGAUCCACAACAAACAUCUCAAAGCACAUGAGGAGAUAAUUGACACAACAGUGGAGCUGUGCCAGUCCCACAGACAGUUUGUGAAAUCUGCACUUGAUACAAGUUUGAAGAAAUGUAAGGAGGAUGAAAUGCUGUUUGAGACGAUACAAACAUUCAAAAAAGACCUGCAACAUAAAAAUACGUCACUGAAAGAGAAACAGCACGCCAUUUCUGAAGUGAUAUCUGAGGUUCAGCAGAAGGAGAUGCAGAAAGACAUCCUUAUCCGGAAGAUUGAGAAACUUAAGGAGGAACAUGCCAAGAGAAGAGAUUUAAUCAAGUCCCAAAAUAAAGCAAACAAGGACAGACUGAGGAAUCUCCAGAAAGCUAGACUGGUCUUCCAGGAUCAUUUGGGGCUGGAGAUACGAACAAUCCAAGGCAAAACACAACUGGUGAAAGGUGAAAAGUUGCAGUUUGUUUUCCGGCAUAUCAAUCCUGCUGAUCAGGACAGCGCUUACGUCGUCACAAUGGGGCUCAAAGAAGACGGAUCAUAUCAGAUUGUGUCAAGUGACCCCUCACUCGAGUGUUUGCCAGACUUGGAAAAACGACUUCAGGAGACGAAUAACUUACAAGCGUUCCUGGCAAACGUCAGGAAGGAGUUUAUCUCACAGGCACGUUGCUAAGAUUGGAAAAAAUG